CUCCGCUGGCUAAAGUUUGAGCUUCCACUCUCCUUCAAAUCUAUCAUAGCUCUUGACCUUCUUUGUUUUGCAGGAUCUUGUUGAUUGAGUGGUUACAGAAAUGGUGGUAAAAGAUGAGAACAGUGAGAGAUCACUGGAGUUGUUUCUGAAAAUCGGAUUAGAUGAGAGGACUGCUCGCAACACCAUUGCGAAUAACAAGGUUACCGCGAACUUAAACACCGUCAUUCAAGAGGCAGGUGUGAAUGAUGGAUGCAGCAGAGUGGUUGGCAAUCUACUCUAUACGGUUGCUACGAAAUUCCCUGGGAAUGCACUUAAACACCGGCCAACGUUACUGCAAUAUGUUGUUUCAUCGAAGAUUAAAACACCUGCCCAGUUAGAAGCAGCUUUAUCAUAUUUUGGGAAUGUUGGGCUAGAUGAAUUUCCAGUUAGUGAGUUUGAAGAAGUUUGUGGUGUAGGCGUUGAGGUUUCCGCAGAAGAAAUUGAAUGCACAGUUACGGAGGUUUUUGAAGAGAGCAAGCAUGCCAUCUUGGAGCAGCGUUAUCGAACAAAUGUUGGUGAUCUAUUUGCACAAGUACGAAAGAGGCAUCCAUGGGCUGAUCCUAAAACUGUAAAGCAAGUAAUAGAAGCAAAAUUAUAUGGAUUACUUGGUGAGAAGACUCCAGCAGAUAAUGAAAAACCUUCAAAAAAGAAGAAAGAUAAGCCUGCCAAAGUUGAGGAUCAAGUCAGUGUUGUGGAUACUCCUUCAGUGCCAUCCCCCGAAGAAGAAAUUAACCCUUUUUCAAUAUUUCCUCCACCCGAGGAAAAUUUUAAGGUUCAUACUGAAAUAUUUUUUAGUGAUCGCCCUGUAUUGAGAGCAUGCAACACAAAGGAAUUGCUUGAGAAGCAUUUGAAAGCAACAGGGGGUAAAGUCUUCACUCGCUUCCCACCAGAACCAAAUGGCUAUCUACAUAUUGGUCACGCUAAGGCAAUGUUUAUUGACUUUGGGCUGGCGAAAGAGAGAGAUGGAGGUUGUUACCUGAGGUAUGAUGAUACAAACCCUGAAGCUGAAAAGAAGGAGUAUAUUGAUCAUAUUGAAGAAAUUGUCCAAUGGAUGGGUUGGAAGCCCUUCAAGAUCACUUAUACUAGCAACUAUUUCCAAGAUCUGUAUGACCUUGCUGUUGAGCUGAUACGUAGAGGCCAUGCUUAUGUUGACCACCAGACUCCUGAAGAAAUAAAAGAGUAUCGGGAGAAAAAGAUGAACAGUCCUUGGAGGGACAGGCCAAUCGCUGAGUCAUUGAAACUGUUUAAUGAGAUGAAACUUGGCAUGAUUGAUGAAGGGAAGGCAACCCUUAGGAUGAAACAAGACAUGCAGAGUGAUAACUAUAACAUGUAUGACCUGAUUGCUUACCGUAUAAAGUUUACUCGUCAUCCACAUGCAGGAGACAAAUGGUGUGUUUAUCCAAGCUAUGAUUAUGCUCAUUGCAUUGUGGAUUCUCUUGAAAAUAUCACACACUCGCUGUGUACACUUGAAUUUGAGACACGCCGUGCUUCAUAUUAUUGGUUGUUAGACGCACUGGGCCUUUACCAACCAUACGUAUGGGAGUAUUCUAGGUUGAAUGUAACCAACACUGUGAUGUCAAAGCGUAAGUUGAAUCGUCUUGUGACUGAAAAGUGGGUUGAUGGUUGGGAUGAUCCCCGUUUAAUGACACUGGCUGGUUUACGACGCCGAGGAGUCUCUGCAGAUUCCAUCAAUGCUUUUGUUCGAGGAAUUGGAAUUACUAGAAGUGAUAAUAGUUUGAUAAGUUUAGACCGUCUUGAAUACCACAUAAGGGAAGAGCUAAACAAAACAGCUCCUCGUACAAUGGUUGUGCUGCAUCCUCUCAAGGUUGUUAUUACAAACCUUGAAUCAGUUAUGGACCUCGACGCAAAGAGAUGGCCUGAUGCCCAGACAGAUGAUGCAUCUGCUUUCUACAAGGUUCCUUUCACAAAUAUUGUCUACGUUGAACGUUCUGAUUUUCGGGUUAAGGAUUCAAAAGACUACUAUGGGCUUGCUCCUGGUAAAUCUGUCCUACUCAGAUAUGCUUUCCCCAUAAAAUGUACAGAGGUAAUCUAUGGUGAUGAUAAGGAGACUGUUGUUGAGAUUCAGGCCGAGUAUGAUCCUUCCAAAACAACAAAGCCCAAGGGUGUUCUUCAUUGGGUUGCACAACCUUUGCCCGGGGUUGAUCCUCUUAAGGUGGAAGUCAGGUUGUUUGACAAGCUUUUUCUUUCUGAGAAUCCUGCUGAACUGGAUGAUUGGCUUGGCAAUCUGAAUCCACGGUCCAAAGAGGUAACAUCAGAAGCUUUUGCUGUAGGCUCUCUUGGCAGUGCUGCUGUGGGAGACAAGUUUCAGUUUGAAAGGCUUGGCUAUUUUGUGGUAGACCCAGAUUCUACACCAGAGAAACUUGUGUUCAACCGAACAGUCACUUUACGCGAUUCAUAUUUCAAGGGUGGGAACAAGUAAAUCCAGAGAUAGGAACUGGGCAACUGGUGGCAGAGAUGUAAUGUGCAUGGUAUAAGUCUGAAGGUUUUAGGAGUGGGUGUUAUGCUAUGAGCGGGUGUAUUUUGAAUAUAUUAUUCCACUUUAUCUUUAGGUUUUA